AUGGCUACCAAGAUGCAGGAGGUUUUGCUGAAGGCUGCAGAGAUAGCGCUGCCCUUUGUCAAGAUGCCUCCGGAUACAUUGACCGAGGUGGACAAUCGUGAGAUGGAUAAGGCUUUGGCCUCCAUAAACCAAUUGAAAGCUAAGCAUUUACCGACCCCGACGAUAGCAGUUGGGGAUUUGAGUAUGCAGGAAGUUCAAAGACUCUUUGGUAUUAGUCCCGAUGCCAGCGGUACAUUCAAGUGGGAUAAGACCGCGUUUGAAGGCUUUGCUGUGUAUACGGAUAAGGGUAAAAGUGAAAUGGAAUAUGUUGGGUGGACCCUCAAUGCAUAUGAGAAGACCUAUGAGCGCGCCCCUUGGAACGAGCCCCUCGCGAGCACACGACUCGACACGCUUCUAUUACCGACAACAUAUAUCCUGGGCGCUUACGAAAAUCCUGGGACAGCCGGAGUAAACCUGCAGCAAAGAAAGAAGCUCCAAGGCCAAGCAGAUUACAUGCUGUUCUACGACCGCCCAUCCAAGAAUGCCAGUAGUCUUCUCAUCGUCGAAGCUAAGAGACACGCAGAAUUCGGCCGCGGCCCAGCUGGAUUACUAUCUGACAUGGCGAUGGUGGUCAAGGCUCGACAUUCUGCUGGAGACGGAGAGCGUGCGGUUGUUUUUGGCCUUCUAUCCGACGGAUAUACCUUCCAUUUCUACGGAGGCAAUGAUAGCUGA